GCUGAGUUUCUGUGCUGGAGUUCUGUGUCUGUGACUGAAGACUGCAGCGAUGGAGCUGUCUGGCGCUCAUGAUGGACGAUCUCAGUCUGACCCUGUUCAAGCGUCUCAGGGUGAUGAUGAUUCGGGAUUGUUUGGGGUGAAAGUCCAGGUCCAGGGCAUCGCUGGCCGGCCGUACGUGGUCCUGAACGCUCAGGGGAGGUGCGCACCAUGUUCUCCGGAGUAUCCCGACGUCUUCCUCACCGACCAUCAGCGGCAGGAGUUUGUGUCCAAUAUGAGCGGCAGCGCUUCAAGCACUCAAACUCCUCGACUGGAUCAUUACAGAUCUCUGAGAGCCUUCAAGAACCCGUCGGCCCAGCUGCUGAACUACCAGAGGAAGCCUGAGAUCCUGAGAGCCUGCGAUCCCAGAAACCACCGCGGCUGGUGCAGCAGCCCUUCCUCGCCCGUGAUGGUGAAGAGAGCCAGGAUCCCUGUGCCGGGAGUCCAGGAGCCGUCGGUGGAGAGCGUCCCCUACCAGCCGUCUCAUAUCAUCUGCAGGAUGUCUGUAGCCGCCUCAGAGAUACACGACACCAGGACGGACCGCGCAGGAUCCCCUCGGACCGGCCGAGUCGCUCACCGCAGCAGAAUCGGACCCGAGGAGAAGAGGCGCUCCAGAAGUCUGGAGUCCAGAUCGGACAGGACAGGGAUUGGAACGGAAGUCGGCGGCUUCAUGCAGACAGAUGUGUCAGAGGUCACAGGGGUCGGAGCCACAUCUGCAGGGCAGCAGGAGAGGUCAGAGGUCAAAGAAGAGAACGGAAGCGGACAGGCCACACCUGAUCUUCUGAAAGGACAGCGAGAGCUUCCGGAUCAGCCCGAUGAGGAAACCGCUAAACUGGUGAUGGUUAACUACCUGAAAGAUGGGUCCUGUGAGGGUGAAGCCGUUAUCAGGCAGAAGGUGGAGCUGAUGUUUGACAAGAUCCGCAUGCUGAAGUUCACAACGCUGGAGGAGUUUGAGUUUGCAGCUCCUCUGGAGGAGGUGAACGAUCUUAAAGACAGAAGGGCGGCGCUAGAGAGACACGUCAGUCACUUACAGCAGCAGCUGCAGGAAGCCCAGCAGAACAACGAGAGUUUGUCUGAGCAGAAAGAGGAGAGAAACGCCGAGCUGAAGAGACUGCAGGAGACGCUAGAGAGGAACGAACAGGAGCAGAUCAUAGUCCGCCAUAAACUCACCGACAUGGAGAAAGAGCUGCAGACCUCACUGGACCAACUCCUGCAGGCCAGAAGAGCUCGUGAUCAGUGUCGUUCUGAUAUGAGGGAUCUGCAGCAGCAGCUGUCUGACAUCCAUGAUGAGUUAGACAGUGCUAAGAGCUGCGAGGCCGGAGAGAGAGACAGGCUGCUGCAGGAUCUGUCUCAGUUGCAUGGGGAGUUCGAGGCCCUGCAGCAGGUGCAGGAGGAGCAGGAGGAGGCGCUACACCGGAGGGACAGGGAGCUGAAAGCCCUGCUAGAGGCGCUAGAGGAGGAGAUCUCAGCUCACGCCAGAGAUGUGGAGGCGCUGCAGGAGGAGCACCAGCAGGAGAUCCACAGACUCCUGGAAGCCACACAGGAGGCCAAAGAGAGUGUGGCUCUGCUGGGUCAGAAGGUUCUGGAGGUGGCUGCAGAGAAAAGAGCCGGUCAGACGCUGAUCUCAGAGCUGAAGCAGACUAAAGCAGAGCUCCAGCAGAAGAUCUGCACUCUGGAGGAGCAGAUCUCUUCCCUCCACCAUCUCAUCCAGCAGAAGCAAGAGCAUGAGAAGCUCCUGACAGCACGUGUGGAGCAGCUGAUGAUGGAGAAACAGAAUCUGGAGGAGGAGCUGCAGGAGGUCAGACAGCAGGAGGAGGACAUGUGUGGAGCCAACCGAGCCCUGAUGAGACACCUGGAGGACACACAGAGUGAGCUGAGCAGGUUGACUCGAGCGCAUCGUGAGCUGAAGGAGAGGUUUGAGGAGGAGCGCCGUCAGAUGGAGGAGCUGCAGAGGAGACGCAGUGAGUUAGAGGAGCAGAGGAGGAGCCAGAACCGAGUGUUAGAGGGGCUGCAGGAGGAGAUGAGCGCGGCGGUGACGGGAUCGGAGCAGGAGACGCAGAAGCUGCAGGAGGAGCGGUGUGUGUUGGAGGAGAAACUCUCUCGCUGCGAGUUUGAUCUGAAUGAGGCGGAACUGAAAACUCAGCAGCUGCAGAAGAGAAUAAAAGAGCUGGAGGAGAAACAACAAACACAUGACGACAGACACAGCAAACUCAUGGAGGUGCGAGUGUGUGAGCUGGAGCGGAGUGUGUUAGAGGAGCGCAGCAGCUCAGACACGCUCAUGAAGAGACUGGAACGAGGACGAGAGCAGAUGGAGCAGGUGAGAGCUGAAGUGCUGCAGGAACGAGCCGCUCGACACGAGCUGGAAUGUGACAAGAUCCGUCUGGAGCGACAGAAUAAGGAUCUGCGGGGCCGCGUGGCGCAGCUGGAGGGAUCUCAGCGCAUCGGUCAGGACGCCGUCAUCUCCAAACUGCAGCUGCACCUGCAGGAGCUGGAGGAGAGGCUGCUGGGAGAGGAGAGAGAGAAGAGCGAGCUGCAGCAGCUGACCCGCAGACUGGAGCGCCGCAUGAAGGAGCUGACGCUGCAUCUGGAGGAGGAGAAGCUCUCGCUGCAGGACCAGAGAGAUCAGCUGUCUCUGCGUCUGAAAACCCUGAAGCGUCAGCUGGACGAGGCCGAGGAGGAGAUUGAGAGGCUGGAGAACAGCAGGAAGAAGCUGCAGAGAGACGUGGAGGAACAGCAGGAGCUCAACGAUCAGCUGAAGACGGAGAUCUGUGGCAAUAACUUCUAA